AGAGGAGAAAAAAUAAUUACGUCACUCCUCUAACCAUUGUGCUGCAGACUGUGUGCCAGUGUGCAAAAAAGAGAGAAGCAGUAUAUGGUUAAACGGAAGCAGUGACGCCAGGGGACAGAACAAAUGAAAGACACUGGUAAGAAGGGAGGGAGCAUUGGAUGACAAAAGGAAAAUCACUGUAGGGAAGGGGAGGUGAUCAAAACACUGAAGAAUAGUCUUUGUUUGUGACAAACGGGCAGAGGCUGAAAGAUCGUGAUGUUCCUGUGUCUGUACAUGUGUAUGUGAGUGAGUGUGUAAGAGGUAGAUAGGCCGCGCCAACGUACAAUAUGUUUUAGAGUUUCUUACAAACAAUAAGGCAUGUUGAGUCACGUUCCUGAAGAGUGUGUGUCCUGGUUGUGUUUUUGCCACGCUGUUUUUGUUUGCAUGUACCGUGUGUGUGUGUGUGUCUGCAUGUGUGUUUCUGCAUCAGUCAUCAUCAGUCAGGCUAAAAACAUCAAAAACUGCUGUGGUCGCUCAAAGGAGAGAGAGAGUGUGGUCUACGAUGAAAAGACAAGGUUGGAUGGAAAAUGUGGUUUGAGUUACGGCAUGUUUAUUCAUGCAUAACAGAAAGGUCAAUCUAGUGCCUUUCUGCUUUAUAUUUAAGUUUUUUAUUUAACUUAAUGAUUUGGUGUUACAGAAAUCGUGAGUGAGUUAUUGACUAAUAAAGAUAACAUGCUACAGGAGUGAAGAUAUCCCCCUGACUCCUCACUCAUCCUCAUCACUGUCAUGUGCUUCUUCAUUAGUGCUCGCCCAAUGAGACGCAAGUACACUAAGUGUACUAAAUGUGGACGCAAGAAGUCUUUUAAUUAAGUCCACUAAUAGGACAAACCUUUGAAAAUCCAUCUUCCUUCACUGACUGUCCUCACCACAUCGAUAGCACUGAAGACGUUAAUGAACUCAAGCAGUUCAAGUGUUUUCAAUCUCAUGUGAAUUUUCCCACCGUGCCGCAGUUCAAUCCCAGGAUCCUGAACUCGAUAUCUCCACCAUGGGGGUGGGGUGAGGGGUGUAAGUGCUGUUUCCUUGGUAACAGACACACCUUUUCUUCAGUAUUCAAACAUCUUGCUUACGUCCACUGCAGCCUGUUAUCAGUGUGAGCAUGCUGAUUUUACAAAGUGCCAGCCACACCUGCGGUUAUAAAUCCCGGAGGCUUAAUUGGACAAGCCGAUGGAAGGAGUGGUCAGUGUAUUUCAGGGUUUCUCUCAACUGAGAGCAAGAUAAUCAAGCUGUUCCUGGCUGGGGCACUGACGCACUCCUCAGUGGGUAACUAACAGUGGUACUGAGGACAGAGUAAAUAAGGGGCGGUGCAGCAAGCUGCAGACUGAGGACCGAUUAAGAAAGAGUUGCAGAUGGACAGAGAGACAGGCUGGCAGUGUUGGAGUGGGUGUGGGCCGGGGAAGCCUCGGUUCGUUUCUGUGCGGGGAACACAACACAGUGUUCGGCACACUCAUUAAGAAGACAGUGCCUACACAGUAACACAAACCUGCUGUGUGGGUGCCUGGCACAACACAGAAUGACUGACACUCUGUGGUGGCAUUUAGACAAAGUUGUGCUUCAGCAGGCAGGCACACUAACACACAUGCAUUGAAACACAGUGACACACAGGCUCACACACUUGCACAGCUGGUGCUGUGGGUGUGUGUGAGAAGGAGAGGCCUGUGAGGUGUUGGUCCCGGAUGGCCAGUAGGCACCGAAGCUGGUCUACAAGUCCAGAUAAGGACAAAGCAGGAGGUGUGAGCGAACAACAACACACACCAUGUCAUGGAUCCCCUCACUUACUCAUUUGUUUAUCGUUGCCUGUGGCUCAGUUGGCUUUUUGAAGAAGGAUGCUUGUGUCAUACACACUGUGUGUGUGUGAGGUCUGCAGGCAUGUUGAUGUGUGCGCAGCCAUGAAUACGCCCUUAUGUGUGACUAUUUCUUAAAUCAUACACUCAUCUGUGGAGCUGCAUGUGGAGUACUAUGCAUGGAUUACUCCUCUGUUGUCUUCCUCCUCGACAUAAAAAUGAAGAAGCUUAAAAUGUGAAGCUUUUUACUAGAAUUCUUAAAGUGCUGCUUUGAAUGUACCAAGAACCUUGACUGCAUGACUUCAAGUUUGGCACCAGGAGAGGAUAAGAAAGGCAUCUGAAUCAAACUAGUCAAUAACUGACCAGACACAGAGCAAAACUGACUUCAUGAAGCAAAAAACUAACAACAAGUGAGACAGAAAGAGCUCCAUUUAGUCGAGAUUCUCAGUGCUAAUGUUCGUUUUGAAUGCUUGAAUGCGAUGAUGUGAAGCUGCCGUAGUGUCUUGAAUCUAGGACAGGAUAUUCUUCAGAGCAGAUUCUUUUAUUGACAAUUGUGAAAUGUAGUUGAGCCCUUUUCAUCUGCAGACAACAAAGAAGUUACAACUCCCAGAAUUUUGCCUUUAAAUAUUUUAGGAUCCCAAUCAUGAUCCUGCUCAUUUAGGGGUCUUAGUUAUGGUUAACCCUCUGGGAGCUCUUAGGACAUUUUUGUCCAUUUUUGGUGACUCUUAAACUUUCAUUUGUUGAUCAUUUUGGCUGUGUUAAUGCAAAUGGGAUCAUUUUUUCAGUUUUUUUUUUUUUUUUCCAAAUUUUAAAACGUGACCACCUAUUAUCAUAUCAGCUCAAUAUUCACUGUGUGACAAAAACACAAUACGUUUAGGUCCUUAGAUGGACAAAAAUGACCAUCUAAGGACCUAAACGUAACUUUUUUAGAAAUCAAACAAUACAUCAAAGAUAUUAAUGCAUCAAAAUUAAUGUUAUUAUUAAUUAUUGACACAUCAUAAACUUUGAUAAAAAAAAAACAAAGAAAUUCCUGCCUAGCAUGUAAUAUAUGAAAGAUAACUCUAUAUUUCUUAUUUUUCUAUUUAAAAUAAAAGUGACAUCAUCUAGCCAAAAUGGCAUUUAAAGGGUUAAAAUUAUGAAAAUGAAUUUAUAUUGGAUAGAUAUGAUCAGGACUGAAGUUGAUUAAAGGACUUAAGCAAAAAAAUAUCAAUUGUAUGAUAUUUAUCGCACUUUUAGAAGAUGGACCUAAACGUAACUUUUUUUAAGGAACCAAGGUUAAUAAGCCUUGGGCCACUUCUUACCUUCCUUCAGUUUAUUAUUCACCAAUACUGGAUAUCCAGUCCUCAAAAUUUCUUGCUCUAGCUCAGCUUGUUCAGUGAAUAGACAACCUAAUCUAGCCCGAGUAAGACUAGACAGUUUUCACCUUCAAGCCUCUAAGAAUAAUGUUCAUCCUCCCUGUAAUACUUUUCUGUCUUCACAGGGAGUUUCUGGUACUCCUCAACGUUUUGGAUCACUGGGUCUAUUCUCUGACAGCAAUUAAGAUCCAACUUCAACCUCAGACCCUUUAUAAUCUUUGUUUUGGAGAUCAGAUACCACCACUGAGCCUCAUUCAUUGGGAAUUCUCUCAGUACUUCAGCCUCAAACAUUUCAUCCUUUGCAAGUUGCAUGAGUGAAAGAUUAUGUUCAAAACAACCUUUAAGCAAUCAAACAUCUGCUCUCUGUCUGGUCCAGGAAAAGGUAGGAGAAAUCCUGCAUUGAAAACCAUCUAAUACACCUCACUUUUCUGUAGUGACUGACUCUUUAGAGUUCUUCUUGUACUGUGAUCUACCUUAGAAAGUUUUGUCCACUAAUUUUUAAGUCAUAAAAGCAAAGAUGUAAAAAUAUUCAACAUAGCACCUCAUCACAAAGUUUCAAGCCUGACCCAUUUGAAGGUGAAAUUAUCACAUUCACACACACGGACACAAACAUAAACAGCUGUUUUAUUAGUUUAUACCCUGCUGUACAUGGAUCACUACUUUCUCUCCUGUGAAGUGAAGAGGCAGGUGACUGUUCAUUUAUCACUCUAAUUGAUGAUAAACAUAGCUGAUGAUACCUUUCUGUCUUGUAGCUGGUGUUUAAACACAAGCAGUAACAGCUUGCUGCACAGAUGCACAGCAUAACAGAUUUGAUGUGGCAUGCAUAUUUCAGGCAUCACUGCUGCGUUUUGCUGUGUUUGUUGCCUCAUUACUGUAGUCUUUUCUUAGCAUACAUGAACAUAACCCUGUGUGACAAAAAGGAAUAAGACUGAAAAACUGCAAGAACUACUCCAAGUGUUAGAAAUGAUGCACUAAGUUGUGCACAUCAUCAUUCAAAUGCUACAAGUACCCUUAAUUGGAAUUAAGCAACAUCUCCCUGACCACAAUUCAUAACUCUUGCCUCAUUAAUCAAAUUGAUGCCAUUUCAUUUCUUCAUCACCUCAAGAAUUAUGUCAGGAGCUAUAAUUACUUUACAGCCUGGCUGGACUAUGUCAUAGUCAACCUUUACAACAAACAUUUCUCAACCAGGGUUGUUGUGAGUGGAUCUAUCCUGGCACUGAAUUCUCUCUUGAGGCUGAAUCAUAAUUUGGGGGCAUCCUCCUUCUCUAAGAAAGAACCAUCUAAGCCUUUUCUGCAUUCUGUCUGGCGGCAGAGCGCCGGAAACAGACCAUAACGGUCUGCGAGCGAGACAUCCAGGAAACGAGUUGUGCGCUCUUCUCCUACCCAUCCUCCGCUCCUCCACACAGCCCAGUCAUCAUCGCCGGGCACCAUGCCCCCCCCCACCCCGUGCUUUUACUUUCACUCCAUCUCACCCUCCCUUCCCCGUGUUCCUAUUUGCGUCGAGAAAGUCUCCUCCUCUCACAGACUCAGAGCGCACGUAUCCAGCCAGUCUUUACGCGCGUAACCACCUCUCCAAGAGAUUCCCCAGUGGUUGGGCCCGCCCCUUUCCGUUUCUUGCCGCCCUCACUCAUUCAUGACCCUGGCUUGGUGACGUAGGAGAUUCCACGGUGCCCACUGCCGUAGGCAAUAACGGGAUGCUUGAGUAUAUAUGGGACACUGGUUGCCAUCAAACGGCACACUCUCAGUCGCUCCGACUCGGGAACCAGGGCAUCAGCGGAGAUAGCAGGCCUUACUUCGUCCUCUUAGGCUAACUCGCUUUUGGGCUUUGGUUCAGGAUGGAAACCUCAUCGAUUUCUCGGAGCCGACGAUGCUCCAUCAUGCGCAACUGCAAAAGUAAGUUUUUCUGUAUUCUCUCGGUUUUGAAAGCCACAUGGACACUGCAUAGAGCUCAUACUGUUUUCUUAUGCUUACUUGUGAACUGAUAAGUAAGUUUUCUUUCUUGGUGAAAUUCUGCUUUGUUAAACACAAAAUCCAACUUGGAUGUACAGUUGAAUGGACUGGAAAAAACUCUUUUGAGAAGAUUGAUUAAUUUCUCUGCUCACUAUUUGUGAAAACUGCACAUUAUAAAGUGAAAUAGAGGCACUUUGUGGAGCUGUAUUUGAUCUUGAUCACAUAUUUGUGUGAUUUUGCUGUGCGUAAUGGGCGGUUUUUAUGACAUUCUGACGCGUAAACUUUAUAAAUCUUACAGUAAGUGGUAUUUAAGAGCCAAUCUCAGCUUAAAUGUCUGUAACAAUACCAGCUCAGUCUGACAAGAAAUUCAAACUGUGCACUUACAUGCAUGCUUUGCCUGAUAAUGGAAGCUUUGGCAGUGGAUGAUUUCAGCAGCGGACAGCUCCCGCUCACCCCUCUCUCUCUCUCUCUCUCUCCCCGCUCUCCUUUAGGCGGUCUCUCCCUCUGGUUGUUGGUGUGGCUGGUCCUCGGCAAACCAAGUCCGGCAUCGGCGUGCCCACAACUGUGCGUGUGCUACCCGACGCCUAUGACUGUGAGCUGCCAGGCGCAGAACUUCACCGCCGUCCCGGUCGGAGUGCCCUAUGAGUCGCAGCGUGUGUUUCUCCAAAACAACCGGAUUACGGAGCUUAGAGUUGGCUCUUUUGGCUUCGGGACUCAGGUAUGAAGAAUUUAGAAUAGCUACAUCACAUGCAGCAAAAAAAAUCGUAAUCAAAAAGCAUAAAAAGUGCACUUUUCAUUCUUUGAAGAAUGUAAAGUCAUGCCAUAUCCACUGAGAGGGAAUAACAGAUCUUUUCCUGUCUCCUCUUGCACCAGGUUCUGUGGCUGUUCUCCAACAACAUCACUUGGAUUGAGGCAGGGGCUUUCAGUGAGCUGAGGGACUUGGAGGAGUUGGACCUAGGGGACAAUCCUGGUCUCCACAGGCUAGAAGGAGGAGCCUUCCGUGGCUUAGAGAAGCUCCAGAGCCUCCACAUGCACCGCUGCCGGCUCACUGCCUUGCCCCAUGACAUCUUCCACAAACUGUACAGUCUGCAGUACCUCUAUCUGCAGGUAGGGGCAAUGAAGAGACGAAAAUCACUCUACUUGUUCUCACCCAUAUCUAAACACACACAGCUAUAGUGACAUAUAUUACAUUUUUUUUGUUUGUUCUUCUCAUAUUAAAUUACUUUUCUUCAUUUCUUCCUCAGGAAAAUAAUCUCCACUUCUUACAAGACGACAUCUUCUCUGACCUCAUCAACCUGAGCCAGCUUUUUCUGCAUGGCAACCGCAUCCGCACUCUUUCAGAGAACGUGUUCCGUGGCCUGGUCAACCUUGACCGCCUGCUCCUCCACGACAACCGAAUCAGGCAGGUGAACCGCCGCGCCUUCCGUGACCUCGGCCGUCUGACCAUGCUCUUCCUCUUUAACAACUCCUUGGCUGAGCUUCCCAGUCAGACCCUGAGGGACACGCAAGGGAUCGAGUUCCUCCGCCUCAACGCUAACCCCUGGUCCUGUGGCUGCGAGUCCCGCCCCCUGUGGGAGUGGUUCCGUGAGGCCCGUGUCUCUUCCUCUGAUGUGAUCUGCUCCUCCCCCUCCACUCGCCGCGGCCAGGACCUCCGCUUCCUCCGUGAGAUGGACUUCGCCCUCUGCCCCCUGCCCGACCCAGGCUCCAUUGCCGGUUCCACCACCACCACAUUCAGCACCAAAACCCGCUGGUGGUUCCACAAGAACAAGCCCCAGUCAUCCACAAAAGGCGUCUUUGAGAAAGCCUCCGAGACUGUUAAAGCUGGUUUGUACGGGAAAGGCCCAUCCACAACCACCUCAGUAGUCAAGUAUGAGUUGGGUGAGGAAGAGCUGGCGCUGCCCAAACUUGACCCAGAAGAGUACUGGGCAAACUACGGCAACGAGGACUCAGGUGUUACCCUGCGAUGCUUCGAGCUAGAAUGCCCACCUGACUUUGAGUUUCCUCCAACAGCCUCCUCUCCCUUAUCCUCCUCACCAUCUUUCCUUUUAUUGCUAGCCCUCUCUGUUUUCAACCUCUGCCUCAACCUCAAUCUACUGCUCGGCUGAAUCUGACUUUGAGUACCCAACUCCUGUGCCUUGCAGCCUGUUUUAUAGGCUGUGGGGUCCCCUGUUAGACUUUUUACACCUCCUUUGCCCACUUUGCUGUUCGCCAUUCCUCAAGGCAACAGCGAGGGAGAUGGGGGGACGGUCAGAUUUUGAAUCUACCACUUACAGGGCUUAACAUUUUUCAGGGCUGCAAAGAGUUCUUCAGUAGAGGUCGUAUGUAUCUACACUACUCUACAGGUAUUGCUUUCUGUGUCUUACCUGUAAGGUGUCAUGAUUCCCUGCAAUCAGGGCUACGAGGGCUGAGUCCAUCUCUAAUAUCAACACAAUUUGAUAGUUGUGAAUGAUGUUUUCAAUUCUGUCACCUCGACUUAGUUUAAACUGCUAGUGCUACAAGUGCAUCUAAUCAACUGGCUGCUACCAGUACUACAAUUACUGUUUGAAUCAGUGCACAGUAAUGACAAUACUGUAACCACUUAAAGUGUCAUGUAAAUAGUCAUGUGUUCUUGUGACUGUUCAAACUGAUAUUUGUGCUACAGCCAUUUCAUCUUCACCAUUAUCCAGGGUAUAAUUUGAAGGUUGGUAGUUUUAACCAGACUUGACGCAAUGCACAGCUUUGCAAAGUUAGAAAGAAAGAAGAGGAUUUACUGCAAGGAAAGAGAGAGGACUGCAGGGAGCACAGACAGGAGGAGGGUAAAUUGAGAAGGAGUGGAGGGAGGGGGAUAUUUUGUCAAAGAGACAGGAUUAGAAAGAGGAGCAGAGACAAGAAAGGAGGAGGGGGUAGAGUUAUUGCAGCAAUAAGGAAAGAAGCAGCAAGGAAAUAGCCAAGCACUCUGAGGACAGAGCUGUGGGCAGAAGCAGCAACACGCAGGACUAAAGUAAUAAAUCCGCCCAUCUGUAGUUGUCCAUCCAUCCUCCACAUCUACCAUUCUCUGUAUGUUGUCAUUGAUGACAACUGCAGGGAAAGAUUGCUUCUUGUCAGGAAGCCAGAGAUUUUGUUUUUUGGAUGUCUUUCUGUGACAUAUGAUAUGAUUUGUAAAAACUGUUGGAUGGAGAUGAAGUUCUUGAUAUAAAGAUACACUGAAUAUUUCCUGAAUCAUGCUAUCCAUAAUACUUCUUUUAGUAGCAUUAUUUGUAAAAUUGAUUUUAAAAAAGGAAAUUAAGGUGAAUGUUAUAGUUGUCUGUGCAGCAGACAACAUUUGAAAGCCACAAAUGUGGCACAAAACCAAAAAAAUGGUGUUGAAAAAGUAGCAGAAUGCAACAAUGUGACCAAACUGUGAGUAAAUCUGACUCAAUGGGACAAUAAGGACUGAUCACAUGGACCUGAUGUCAAAGAUAGAGGGCGCUCAGCCCAUGCUGUAAUGGACACCUGUCUCUGUGUGCGAGAAGAUACAAAAGGAUGAAUGGAUUCACAAGCUGGCAUCACAGCAAAAUGCAAAAACGUCAGUAAGUUUGUCACUCCAGUGACUCACCGGUGGGCAACGCCAGAUGGACAGAGGAGGUGCAAACUGGCCGAUUUGUAAAUACACUAAGAGAGCAAUGACAGAGUCUGGUGACUGUCUGAGUGGGAGAAAGCAGGGGACAAAAAAAGACCCAGAUACUGAUAUAGAGACAGACCCAAGGAGAAAAUGAGAAACAUGACCGAUACUAUUAUUCCCACAUUCAGUUCAAGAAAUUCUUUAUGCUGAGGCUGCAAAGAGAAACAUCUUGCACUUAGGCAUGCAGCUCAAAUCCAACAACAAAGGGAAGUGGAAGUUUCCAAAUAUAGACUUCCACUUACUCUCCUUCAGCACUGUUUAUCCAUUCCUCCCCUUCAAAACAACAACACACUCUUUGCCCUGUAGGAGAAAGUCAUUGUAGGUGUGCUGAAGUAUAGUGGUGGCUUUCUGGCUUCUUUCUGUAUGCCCACCUUUCUCCUAAAGCUCUCUGCAUCUCUCAAGGGCGGGAGAAAGUGCGGAAGGAGGUGGUCCCCAGCUUCAACAGAGGUGCGCAGGGCAAGGCCAAGAUGUAGUAGGUGUGAAUGAGUAGGAGGUAUUGUCGGAGAGGCGCACAUAAACAAACCCACUCACAAAGCCAGUUAGCCUUGCCUCAACACAAACCAUGUUCCAUCCUUUCCUCUCUGUAGUCUUCUGAUUACCAGAGACGUGUUCACUGACUGAUUGGAAACUUUAAAAUGGAAGUUAUUAUGAUGAUGAGAAGACUGAUUUUUUGGAAAUAUUCAGUGUAAUGCUGCUGUUAGGUCUCUAAUCGAGUCAGGUGGAGAAGGUCAAACUGGGCUGGGGUGCUCUCCAGUGGCCACGAUAGAGGGGUCACUUUCAGAUGACCGAAGUGCCAGUGAUACCAUUUUCUCCUUGUUCACUUUGUCAUUGUGCACAUUCUAUGUUUUGGUUUGUAUUUGAGAAAAAAUGAUAAUUCUUUCAAACAGAUUGGAAGAUUUGUUAUUUAUUUUUACUGUAAAAGAAAAAAAUGUUGCAGCAUAAAGAAAGAAUAAAUUCAUACUUGUUUAACAAAAUGUUUUUUUUGAGUGUGUGUUCAUUAUAUAUCUUGGCAAUCGCUCAAACACCCAAAGCAAUCAGAGCUCGGAUAUACACACACUCCCCCACACAAACUCGUGGACACACGGACACACUUGCCAUUGUGUAACUCCUCCGGGCAGUAAUCCAUCUUUUUUUAUUGUGCAAGAAAUCAGCUGAAAAAGAUGGACAACAGGGAAUGUGGAGAAGAAAACAGAGAAUGUGAAGUGUAAACUCUAUUACAAUUCACAGACAAACCAAAAUGGCACAAUACUCAAAUGACACCAGAAACAAAAACUGUUAUUUCAGUGCGAUAACAAGACAUGAUCAAUUAAGACUCAGUGAAAAUAUCAGUGAAUAAUAACACACACUGCAGGGGAAAAGGAUUUUUUUAGUUUGCAACUCAGAUGCAGUACUUGAAUUUGCAUAUUACUUUUGAUAUUUGGGUUAUUUUACUCAAGGUUUUCUCGCACCAAAUAGGAUUUCAAUAAACUCGACAGGCACACAAUCUGCAGCAGUCUGAACCUGCAGGCUAACCAGUAAAAACUGCUGCACAUUGCAACUUUUCAGUCCAGGUCUGCAGGAGCACAAAGCUAAACAGUUUUACUAUUGAAGGGGAAAAUAGCUUAAUAUAAGAGGGAAAUGUAAAUUACUGUUAUAGAAAGGGGAUUACAAAAGCCUGACCCUGAUUUUGACACCACAAAUGGUGAGGACAUAUUGGGGCUGGAGGAGGAGUGAGGGGCAUGUAAACCACUAUCAUAACUAAGCCAGAUGGGUUUCUACUGCGCUACUUGCUGCAGCUUCCUCCAUGAGCCUCAGUUAGCCUAACCCUAACCCGAACAUAGCUUGAGGUAUAAUCAGCUGACUCUGCCAAGUUUCAGGCUCUGAGAACUUAAAGAAGUUAGCAACAAAGCUUGAUUAGCUGUACAGAUAGGAGUCGGUGACACAGAUCCUCCCCCCAGGUCUCCUGAGGUGGAUAAAUGUUACACCUGACACCCUGUCGCUCUUCUCCCAUCCUCACUGACUUCAUCUUUCCUAGUACCAGAGCUCAGGUCAGACCUUUCUUAAGUAUCCUGGCUACAGUGAUGUUGUUACGCUCUAAUAUCAGACUGUACUGCUUUCUCUUUUCUACAGCAAACUCAGUGUUGUUUUCAUCCUCCUGAGGCACAUUUUGGUCAUUUGUAGUGUUUUUAUGGUUUUGCAUGUGUUUUUGAACUUGUUUGUGCAUUUGCAGCACUUGGAGGCUGUUACAGAUGAUCUGUCCUUGUCAGCCAUUGUAAAACUGUGUGUGUCUAAAUAACUGGUACUAUGCUAAACUGAAGAUGGCAUUUAUUUUUGCUGAAAACUGAAGAUGAUGAAUAUUGUUGUUAUGAUGACUAUGAGAAAUAAAUACCAAAUCAGGUUGAAUAAAUAAUCAUGUCCAAACAAACAAGCAAACCACACUAAUAAGAACAUAGUUAACACAAACAGUCAUUACGUCUACCUAUCAAUAAAGAGGAUGCUGUCCUUUCUUCACCCCAUUCCAUAAAGAAAAUGGAUUUUUCAACUCUCUUUAUAUUGAGCUUCAAUCUGUCAACAGACUCUCUCUUGCAUACAGUUUCUGUAGAACCAUAAUUUUUCCUUGUAGUCUAAGCUACUUAGAUAUUAAACAUAAACAUAACAUCGCAGGUAAUGCAACUUUAUAUGGAUUACACACAGACAAGCAUUAGCACACCACCAGAGUGACAUACAUAUCCCAGGCCAUGUCAGAAUCAUCACCGUUGAAGGUAACUUAGUAAGGGACACUGAAGCUCAGUAGAAGGAUCCACAGCAUCCAGAACUGGAUGCCAUACUUUUAAGAACCCCUCCAUGUUAUCAUGAAGACUGUAAGUCAGUUUUUCCAAGGGGACUAGGCUCAUUACCUCCUUGUACCAAUUGUCCCUGACAGGAAGGCCACAGUUUGUCAGGCUGGGACAUUUCUGGGACAUUAAUGAGCAGUACAGGGACUCCACAGGGGACAGUCCUGAAUCCUUUUCUGUUCACACUGUAUACGUCAGACUUCAAAUACAGCACCGAGUCCUGCCACAUCCAGAAAUACCCAGAUGAAACUGCUAUUGUGGCAGAAAUGGACAAGAAGCUGAAUACAGAGAUCUGAUAAGAGUCUUCAGUGACUGGAGUCACAAAAACUACCUCCUCCUCAACACCUCAAAGACAAAAGAAAUGAUCAUAGACUUUAGCAGAUCCAAACCCCCUCUUCAGCCAGUGAACGCCUGUGGAGUGGACAUUGAAGUGGUGACAUCACAUAAAUAUCUAGGUGUACAUCUGGAUAAUAAGUUGGACUGGUCUAAUGCUGCGUUCCAGUUACCACAGUAUGAUGUCGGAGCUGGUGAUGACGUUACACCCGAGUUGACAGCAUUCCAGUUAACAAGUCACAAAACCAAGAUGGACGCCUACAAUUGUCAGCUGUUGUUAGCCAUUGUCAGCUGUUGUGAGCAAUACCAGUUGUAAACAAUACAUAACACAGUAUUUUACUCUUACAAACACCAUAGCACUGUGUUCACAGUUAGACAUUGGGCAGUACAACAUAAACCACUUAUUGAAUUUCACAAAAACAAAACAGAAGUGCUGAUAAAUAAUACAUUUUGAGAGCUUUCACUGUUCCUCUUUACUGUUGAUGCACUGCACUGCCAUCUUGGAUGAUAGCAACUCAGUUAGCUUACAGGUACAGCUUACAACCAUGUGAGUUGUGACCAGGAAAAGUGAUGUAGGGAAGUAUUUUGAAAAAAAGGAUGACAAUAACAUGCUGUGCAGACAUGCAGAGUUAAAUUUGUGUGUCAUAGAAAUACUUGUUUGAUGCUUUAAAACAUGAUCUUAAGGCUCUGAAAUAAGACAGGGGAAACAGAUGAUAGACAGUCUCUUAUCAUCACAACAUUUUUGCAGAUACCGGUGUGAUGAUUCCAGAGUGGAGAAGAUUAGCCUGCUAAUAACAAGAGACGUGACUGGAGACAUGCUCCCAUGAAGUUAACGUGAAGGGGGAAGGCUUCUGUGUGCUGAUGGUGUUUGUUGAGUUGGAGUACAAGCCUCCAUGAUGGACAACAUCUUUGAGGAAAGAGCAGCAGAGUUGAGCUUUGUUUUUGAAGACUACAUGUGUUGCCCCACUACAAAGCUGACACAAAAAUGCAAAGUAAAGCACUGAAGACUUUCUAUAAAUUACCAAAAACAGUGUUUGGGGAGUACAACUAGCCUAGUAGCCAAAGGUAAACCUUUAGACUGAAAUGCGGAUGUCCUUGGUUCAUUCCCAGCCUGUGGCUUCUUCCCUGCAUGCCCCUUCCCAUUUUUUUCUCCCCAUUUCUUCUAGUUAAGGCACCAAAGUAAAAACAUGAUGGAGAAAUAUUUUUAAAAUUGUGUUGGGUCAGUGUUAAGAUGGAAUAAAUGAGCCUGUCUGCAGCAUUCAGUCCAAUUUCAUACUCUCUUUUGGGUAAUAAACUUACUACUGACCCAGCACAACAACAAUUGAACAUUCAAGCAUAAUAAUUCAACCCUUUGACAUGUUUGCUCUUCAAGGUUUGUAUGAAUAAGUAAGUUCUUGAUGAAAUAUUGCAAAAAUCUUCAAUAAAGAACCUAUUUGUGCUUCUAGGUGACCGAAUUCUGUCACUUUGUUCAACACUUUGUCUCUACCUGAUCUCAUUCUGCACAAAAAACAGGAUCAAUAGAGAGCUGUAAAGUUUCACAUACACACACAUUCACAAAGCUCAACUGGAGGAGUCAGAGCUUGUCAUGCCUAUAUAAGGAUGAAACAGUCCGCUCAUCCCUCACAUUCCCAUCUGUCUCCACGCUUUUGUGUGGCAGAAAAAUUCCAUGACGUCUUCAACUUCGUGAAAUACAUAUAAGCUGUGCGGAUAUGAUUGGACGACAGCGGUGCCACUCAUCCAGCAGACACAGUCAGAGGCAGAACGUGAGCCUGUCUGUGAACGUUCCAUUUUGAUGAAUAGCUGAAUAUUAAUGACUGCUGGUUUAUUUAUGUGAGCAGAGGGGGUAGAGCAGAGACAAGGAGGGUGGCUGCUUGUCUAAAGCCUGAUCAAGUGCGUCACCACUUUGUCACAACUUGCCUCCACCUGCUGGGCCCCCAUCCCUCUCUUUUUCUUUUUCUCACCCCUGAAAAACACAUACAACACAAGCAUGCACUCAGUUUCUCACCUUGUCAUGCGCAUUCGUAGUUUGCACGUUUUUCAUCCCGUCAUGUUCAGGAUGAGAAUUUAUGCAAACUCUCAGGUUCCUAUGUAACAAAUUGAUCUCAGUCCAUGUUUCCGUGUUUCUACACUCAUAUUUUAACACAUCUGCUCUGUAGGCGCCUGUGACGUCUGCACACUUUCUACUUAUAUCUCCACACUUCAUUAGCCAAGUUUUACAUCCAAGUUACCUCCAACAUGAGCACACAACUUCCUCUGACUCAUGGAUUUUCCCACAGCCUUGUGUAGAGUUAAUUAAAAAUGUGCAACUUCCAUCUUCCUGACAGUUUUUUGCCCUGUUUAUAUGUCAUAACCUGUGCUUUCCUUUUCUGAAUUCCUUUUUUUUUUUUGCAAUUACUUCAAAAAGCCAACUAGUACUUACUGCUGUGUGGUAUGUAUGUGUCGAGAUCAAAGAACAGAGGUUGGUUGCUGCAACAUACUGACACAGGAUCUUUGAUCUGGUGUGUGCAGCCAUGAAAAACUGCAACUGGAGUUAAAGGUGCUUGUUAUUUUUGAGUUAUGUGUAGAAAUAUACACAUAUGCAGAGGUAGGAUAUAAAUAC